AUGAAUAAAGCAUUAACAAUAACUGCAGUUGCUGUUACUGCUUUAGCUAGUUAUGCUGUAUACUUUGAUUAUCAAAGAAGAAACUCAUCAGAUUUUAGAAAAUCUUUAAAGAAAAAAUCAAUUAAACAAAGGAAAUUAAAAGAAAAGGAAGAGAAAGAAUCAAAACAAUCUAAAUUAGAUGCUGUUAAAAAAGCUUUAUUAGAAGAUUUAAAAAAUAAUCCAAUUCCAACUGAUUUAACUGAAAGAGAACAAUUUUUCAUGGAACAAGUUGCAACUGGUGAACAAAAAGCAAAAGAUAAUUCAAUUGAAGCAGCAAUUUGUUUUUAUAAAGCUUUAGCUGUUUAUCCAAAUCCAACUGAUAUUUUAGGUAUUUAUCAAAAAACAGUACAUGAAGAAGUUUAUGAAUUAGUUGUUAUGAUGGUUGCAGUUUAUCCACCAGCUUCUGUUUCAAGUAUUUUAAGUAAAGGUGGUCCAUCACCAGCAGAUUUAAAACCUACAGAAGAAGAUUUAGAUUAA